AUGUAUAGAACAAUUCAAAUAGAAGGACAUGUUGUAGAACUUCAAGUUUGUGAUAUUUUAUAUGACAACAAUUUCAAACCAAAAAGUAAAGACUUUGACAUUGCCUUUGUUAUUCAUGACGAUUCGCAUAAAGAGAUAACUGAUAAAAUUUUUGAAAUGAUUGAAUCUUUAGAUACCCCAUCUCAAUCUAAUCGUUAUCUUGUCAUUACUAAAACUGAUCUUGAAGAAUCAUUUCAUAAACAAAAAGCACAAAAUGUUGACCGUUUUAAACUUCAAUACCGUUUUGCAAAAGUUUGUUUUGUGUCUUCAUUAACAGGUGAUGGUGUUGACGAACUCUUUAUUUCAGCAGUUGCCAAAAGCCUUAAGUCAAAAGAACCAGAGCAAUGUUUUAGUGAUAAAAAACAAAAGAAUAAAUGUGUGGUGAUGUGA